GCGCCGGCGCGCCGGACCAGAGGCCACCUGGUUACAUGCACAGCUUGUGAGUCAAAAGAGUUGGCCUCCUUCGCGUCAUGUGGUCUGUCGUAUUAUGACUACCAGCCAACGGUAUAAGCUAAUGUUGACUGCCAGCUGCCAGCUGCCAGCUGCCAGUUGCCAGCUGCCAGUUGCCAGUUGCCAGUUGCCAGUUGCCCGUGUGAGAUGCAAUGCCCUUCCGUAUCUCCAAGGAAUCAACCGAUCCCCGACCGGAACGUGGCAUCGAGCCACCUCAUUAACCAAAGGGUUAAGAGCGCCACGGCUGACAGCCUCGACGCGUCGUUGUCCCUUGCCAGUGCCAGAUGGCCACCACAAGCAUGCAGGCAACUGCCUGUCGCUUGUAUCGUACAUGUACAGUGCAGUACAUAUGCCAUGCAGUCCAAUGACCCAACUAGUAUGGAAAUCGCCCUCGACUUGCCGAAGAUGCCGGCAGCACACGCUUGGGUUUGGCACUUGUGAAGCAAACACGGCAGAGUUUCCGGGAUGUGAGAACGCGUCCUGCCGGCAUGUUGUUCCGAGAUCGGAAGUCUGUGGCCCAUCCAAUGUGGUGGAGGAAUGAGCGAGAGUUUGAGCAGACAACAGUAGAGUACGAGAUGACGAGAGUCGACAAGAGGAGGAAAAGGUUGAGGAACGCGCGCAAAGGGCGGCGACGCGUCGGAUGAGAAAGCCUGAGACGGGACCGUGGCAUGAGAUCCGGGAAGGGAUCAAGGGAUCAUGGUGCUCCCGGUCGUGUCGUGUGGAGGAGGAGGUUCAGCUCCCAGUCUUUCGGAACUUCUUGUGGGAAGCCACGGCCGCCACAGC